UGUGUAGGGAUAUUGUUGUCCAUCCUGGCAAAGAUGCGCUCCACCAAAAUGUCUGCCAAAGUCACUGGAAAAGCAAAGAUGGAAGGUCAGUGGUGAGUCACAGCAACAUUUUCCUUAUAGGUCGUUGCAGUACUCUGGUGUAUAUUUCCUACUUGAUUUAUCUCUGGAAGAAUCUGGAAAUGCAAAAGGAAAAUUAAAGAAUAAACUAGCAGGAAUUCAUGGUCCCCUCUGUUGCAGCUUCCUCAUCCUAGAGUUGGGGUAAGGAGGAAAACUGCUGACUCUGAGAGCUACUGUUUCUUCCCCUUCUGUUGAAAUUCACUUCCCUAUUUGCUGGAAUGAACAUGUUAUUCCUUUUGCACAAGUCAGACAGAAGCUGGUGGUUUUGAAAGGGACAAAAAGACUGGAGCUCUUUCCAGGUAACUUGGGAAAUGUGUUUCAAUAUCGUGAUUAUUAUGGCAUACUUGACAAUGUGGGCCUGCUUUCUGAAUGUUUUCACAAUGGCUUGGUACCAUGGAAUGGCUGGAGGAGGCCCUGUAGUACUGGAUCACCCAUUCAUCACAGUCUGGAAUACUCCCAGUCAAAUAUGCCAAGAGAAUUACAACGUAUCCCUUGACUUGGAGGUUUUUUAUGUGGUCUCCAACCAGAAUGAAACGUUCAUGGGGAGUGAUAUUACCCUUUUCUACAGCGACAAGUUAGGCUAUUAUCCGUACUACACGGUGGAUGGGGCUGCAGUCAAUGGGGGUAUCCCCCAAAAUGCCAGUCUGAAAGAUCAUUUGUGGAAGGCUCAACAAGACAUUAAAGGGUCCAUUUUGGAGGCAGACUUCAAAGGCCUGGCAGUCGUGGACUGGGAGAGCUGGCGUCCUUUGUGGGUUCGUAACUGGGGAUCCAUGAAAAUCUAUCAGAACAGAUCGAUAGAGCUGGUUAAGCAGCAGCACCCUGACUGGCCUGCUGAUAAGGUGACCGUGGCAGCCCGGUUAGCAUUUGAGCAAAAUAGUCGGGCGUUCAUGGAGAAGACAUUGGCUCUUGGCAAAGACCUGAGACCUGAAGGGUUCUGGGGGUUCUAUAGCUACCCCAGCUGCUAUAACUAUGACUACAAAUAUGCCAAUUACACAGGAGAAUGUCCAAAAAUGGCGAAGCAGAGGAACGAAGAAUUGCAGUGGCUCUGGAACCAAAGUAGAGCCCUUUAUCCCAGCAUUUAUCUCUCCGAAGAGCUCAGUUCCUACAACAAAACUCUUGAGUUUGUCCGUCAUCGGGUCCAUGAGGCAUUUAGGAUUGUGAACUUGACAGAGAAUGGCAACAUCCCAGUCUUACCUUAUGCUUCCAUUGUGUAUGACUUCACUCAGAACUUCCUCUCACAGGAGGACCUUGUCCACACUAUUGGUGAGAGCGCUUCUCAAGGUGCUGCUGGAGUCGUUCUGUGGGGGAGUACACAGUACAGUUAUUCACAGGAAGUUUGUCUCUGCCUGAAGUCAUACAUGGACAGUCUCCUGGGUCCAUACAUUAUCAAUGUGACCAGCAGCACCAGGCUGUGCAGCCAGGUACUGUGCUCCAAGAAUGGACGCUGUGUGCGGCAAGAGAACCACCCAGAGGCUUUUCUCCAUCUCAGUCCUGCCAGCUUCACCAUUAAGAGGCAGCCUGUGGAGUCACGCUUCAUUGUGACGGGUCAGAUGUCACAGGAGGAGAAAAUCAAGAUGGCCCAAGAAUUCAUGUGCCAGUGUUAUAGUGGCUGGGAAGGACUACAGUGUGAUAAGAAGUCAGCCUAGAAUGACUCUACUCAACCUAGACUAACAUUGAACGUGUCCAUACAUUUGCUGCAGGUUGGUUAGGUGGAUGGAUAUACGUGCUUAUUUUUUAAUCACGAGAGAGGCACACAUAACAAGCAUAUGCUCUCUAAAAAUAUAUAUUUAUAUAACUCAUUCCCACCUCCCUGGUAUUAGAGAAUCUCAUCAUAGCUAUAUAUAUCUUCUGGUCAACUUGUGCUGAUGCAUGCACACACACACAUGGAUACAUACCUCAGAAACACACACCUGGCUUCUUUCUGAAAGAUUUUACUCUCAAAACCUACACAUUGUCUGAGAAGGAGAGCCUUUGAAGA